AUGAAGACCUCGACCCUCUUUCUGGCGUUGACUGGAUCGGCUCUGGGAGCUCCUCCGGUUGCUGUCAAAUCCGAUAGCCUGGACAGCCGACAACUCGGAGAUAUCGGGUGGAACAUUUACAUGGGCAGCUGGCAUGGUGAGGGCGUUUGCGCUGGUGUACCAGCUACUUGCGAUUAUAAAAACACCUGGGUACUCGGUAACAACGUGGAUGACAUCUGUAGUCGGGCGGGAACUGGCUCACCAUUUCCUUAUCCUGCUGAUGAUGUGGUCUACUGCGACAUUGAAUUUGGCGAUCGCGGGUUUUGCGACGACCACAUAUUUAAAAUUGUCAAGGGCAAGGAUGGUGAUUGCUCUCCUAACGGCAGUAACCCCGACAAGCGAUACGGUGUUCUCGUUGACGUGACCAACAAUAAUGAGGAAGUCGACCGGGCAACUGCAACUCUCGCGCUUGGUGACGGGGACGAGAUAUGUGAGUGGUACCGCCGCCCUGUCAUCGGCGGGGAUGCGUACCCCCGCCUUCAAGGAGGCAGGGGCGUCCUGGAGUCUGGGCUAUGCGGAGACCAGUUACGCGACGAUGCGGACUUCUGCGCGCUCUGUCAGACCAUUGAAGACUCGGUGAUUUUUACCCAGAGAUACACAGUUGGGCAUGAUCCUACUCAGAUUCCGCCGGGCAAUCAUUUGUAUCUGGAGCCUGUCAAAUCCGAUAAUGAUAUGGUUGGAUUCCUUGUGAGAGUCGUCGAAGACGAGAACACGCGCGAGACCGAUUCUGAGACAAGUUCUUCCGACGCCUCCGAGGGAGGUUUCAAGAGCAAUCCAACGUGGAAAGGAUUUCUAGAAGUCGAAGUCUGGGAGACUGAGGCUGUCCGAACGUUUGAUAAUUCAUCAUCGUUUGAUGCGAUCAAGGGACGCGAAGCUGUUAACACCCCGGUUUCUAGCUUUCGAAAGGCUGUACCUUGGCGGGACAUGACACAGAUGCUUCAUUCGUGGUUACGAGACUGCGACUCCAUCCACGGUGUUUGCCGAGACCACAAGAACUCACAUCGAAGCUCAAUGGAUGUCGACACGUCAGCGUCUCCGACCAGGCUUUUAGAAAUCCAGCAAGUCAACGGGCGGUUUCACGUCCGUCUUGUUGCAGGCACCGGAAACAGAACAAGAUACACUGCACUGAGCCAUCGAUGGGGAGAUUACAGAGCCAGCCGGACCACCACAACCAACAUUGAACAAUACCGGAAUGGCAUCAAGCUUGAUUCCCUACCGCUCACGCUCCGACAAGCUGUACAGAUCACACACGCAGCGGGAGUGCGUCAUCUCUGGGUUGAUUGCCUGUGUAUCAUUCAGAAUGAUGACAAUGACUGGGCACAAGAGGCGCCCAAGAUGGGCAGCAUAUAUGCCAGUGCAUAUUUCACAAUUGCUGCAUCUGCGUUUGAGGACGCGGGGUGCUUUCCACUCAAGUUUUCAGAAGACCACCGCGUCACGAUAGACGUUCAUCCCGGGUUUGAGCUGAAGAUCUCUCCCCGGAGCUCUGACUUUAACACAUGGGGGAUCGAGCACGAGCCUCUUCAGAAGCGAGGGUGGACUCUCCAGGAAAGGUUGCUAUCUCAGCGCAUCCUUUACUGUUCGCGGUAUGAAUACUACUGGGUGUGUAGAGAGCAGCGCCUCCGCGCAUGGGGCGACCCAGGCGAUUGGUUCGAGUAUGGGUCGGUCAUGCCAGCAAUCGAGAAGCAUGGCUCACCCCUGCUGCUAUCCUACUCCCCGCAAAGUCGAAAAGCCGCCUUAAUCCAGUGGUAUAUGUUGCUAUUCGACUACUCAAAUCGUCAGCUGACGCUAGAGAAAGACAAACUUAUCGCCAUCAAUGGCCUGGUCGACAUCUUUCAGCGCUGGAUCGGGUCGAGGUACCUGCAUGGGCUUUGGGAAUGCGACCUCGCGUGCGGCCUGGUCUGGUACCCGGGCAGUCACUGGUCCAACAGCUUUUCAGACUCCUCGGACUCGGAACUUGAAAUCAAGACGUUCGGGCCCGACAAGUCCCGGUUCUGGCGCAUAUGUCCUACAAGGGCCCCUUCUUGGUCUUGGGCGAGUGCGGACGGCUUCCAGGAGCAUUUCGGGGCCGAGCUCAACUGGCUGGCUGACGCUCUGGGGAAGCCACUGAGCGAAUUAACCUACGUGAAGGCCACGAUCGCGAGCGACGACGAGCACAGAUCUUACCUGGGUGGUGAAUUAUCCGCAGAACCUCAGGUACUCAAGAUCAGUGGGCGGUUGAGCAAAGCCUUCUACGGCUAUGAAGAUGCAGAAGAGCAAGACAGCCGCGUCUGGCAGCUAGACCGAGAAGGUGGUCCCAAAGUCUUCGACUUUAUUGCCGACGAUCCUAAUUUCGAUUCUGACGAGCAUAUUGCAGAUGCAGAGAGCUCUAGACUGUAUAUCUUGCCCAUUAGUGCUCACAUGGGGCUGGUCAUCACGCCGGCGAGUGAGGUUAACGUGCCGCUCUAUCGGAGAGUCGGCAUAUCCAAUUUCAUGAUUCCACUUCUUGAACAGCUUACUAGAGACAAGGGCGAGGGUUCAACAGCUAGAACCUCUGGUGAUGGCACAGAAUAUGCCACUGUACAGACGAACGACAGGAUCAUCGAGGCACUGGGCUCCGCAAACAAGACUGAUAUAGGGGCUCUUGACGAGGACGCCGAUGCUGCAUUGUAUACUGAGGGUGAAUCAAGCAGUAAGAAGAUUUUAACCAAGACUGAAGGCACAGCAGACUCCCGGGGACGUAGCUAUUUGUAUUGGGAAAAGUUUGCAGAUGAGUGCCAGUGGCUCGGGGAGACGGGGGCCAGUGAAACUAUCUUCCUGUGCUGA